GUUUUGGAGCAAAGACUUCCACUGAGAUGAUUUUGCUGAUGGCCAUGACAGAAGUUUUCCUGCUUUUGGGCUGGGUGUGGAGAUCAAACUGCCUCUGCUCCCCCACCGCAUUUUACAAGAACUGCUGGAUCCGUCAGUUCCCGGGCCUUACCAUUGAUCUGGAGCCCUCGCAGAAGAGAGGGGCACACGUCUUGAGAAUAUACUCAGCAGACUCAGCCCAACAGUGCAGCCAGAUGUGCUGCCUCCUCAAGAAUGUUUCCUGUAAUCUGGCAGUUUUCUACUCUGAAACCAAUAAUCAGAGCCUUUCCUGCCUCCACGCUUAUUGUCCAGCACUGGAGAGCUGCAUACUGAAACCGGGGAGUAGUGUUGUAUUAUACAACAUCACACCAGGAAUUGAUCCGGAUCUUCUUGUAUUUGAGAAGCUGUCUUUUAAAGAGCCGAACACCAGAACUUUUAAUAAAUGGGAAAGGCACAGCAACGCAAGAGCUGCAGACUCAGAAAAAUGCCAGGAUGCGUCAAUGAGUUCCCGGUGCCUUCCGACCACAGCCUCUUCUUCUACAAUGGUCCAAGACCUGGUAGCCAGCAGCAGCAGCAGCCAUAAUCCCGAAAACAACUCGAUCCACAAGCUUUUAUCCACCACACAUUUCAGAUCUACAACUGCACCGUCCAAAGAGCCUUUCACUGAAGUGACAAAUAUUAUUUCAAGAACGAAGGGCUCCACAGCUAAUUCAGACAACGCAUCUUUGCUUCCUACUCCUAUACUCACGCCCAUUAAGAUGUUAUCCCACAUGCCCAGCCCAGCCCAUCUGAAUAGCAGCAAACAACACUUGAAUGAAUCCAAAGGCUACAGCGGGAGGAAUUACACGUCGGAUAAUGAAGGCCAGCGACCCGCCUGGGAAGGGGUAGAAAGGGGGACCUGGUUACUCCCCAUGGUGCUUUGCUCUUCCCUGGUUUUGAUUUGCUGUUGCGGUAUUCUUCUUGCAGCGGGAUGCCGCCGAAGGAGGAGGGGUCGCUACAAGCCACGGCGCAGAGGGGUGUCCGGACCCAGGCAGUUCAUCAGAUACACAGUGGUUAACGAUAGCUUGUAA